AUGGCACGUGGUCCAAAGAAGCAUUUAAAGCGUGUGGCAGCUCCAUCCAAUUGGAUGUUGGACAAGUUAACAGGUGUAUAUGCACCUCGUCCAUCAAGUGGUCCACAUAAACUAAGAGAAUGUAUUCCAUUGGCAAUUUUACUCCGUAAUAGAUUAAAGUUUGCUUUAACGUAUACUGAAGCAAAGUAUAUUGUAAUGCAACGUCUUAUUAAGGUUGAUGGAAAGGUCAGAACUGAUAUCUGCUUCCCAUUAGGUUUGAUGGAUGUUGUAAGCAUUGACCGUGUUGGAAAGAAUAUACGUAUUAUGUAUGACACAAAAGGUAGAUUUGUCCCAGUCCAAAUUGAUGCUAAAGAGGCAGGAUUUAAGCUAUGUAAAGUAACUAAGGUUGCUCUUGGAGCAAAGGGUAUUCCAACUGCCACAACCAAUGACGCUCGUACUUUGAGAUACAUCCACCCAGACGUCAAGGCAAAUGAUACUGUUAAAGUUGAUUUGGCUACAGGAAAGGUAUUGGAUUUUAUCAAAUGUGAAGUUGGUAACAUGUGUAUGGUUACUGGUGGUAGAUCUCAGGGUCGUGUUGGUACCAUUACUCACUUUGAGAGAAAGAUGGGUGCUCAAUGUAUCGUCACUAUUCGUGAUCAAAAAGGUGCCACUUUUGCCACUCUAAUGAAAAAUAUCUUUGUUAUUGGAGAGGAGGGUAAAUCUUUGGUCACUCUUCCAAAGGACAAAGGUAUUAGAUUAUCAAAUGUGGAGGACAGAAAUUUGAGAAUGAAGAAGCACAGGAACUAA